UGCUAUAGCCACCUCUGAAAUUCGUAUCGAAGAUAUAAUGCAAAUUUGUUUAAUGAUACAUCGUUAUACGGCAAUUAACUUUGCUUAAGACGACGCUAUGCCGGGUAUCGGGUGAAACGCAGGCAGAAAGUAAUGUUCCUAUGAUGCGUCAUGAAUCGGCUCGCCAAAUCUAUUAAUCAGCCGCAGAGCUCAGUCAGGUUUUCGCUGUGUCGUCAAAGCGAUAACGAUCUUUUAUCACCGCAGAGUAAAGUCAGACCGAGAACAAAACCUUCUUCUGCACUGGGUAUCCAUAUCCAAGGCAACAAGAAAUCCCACCAUACUUCGAACUGUUUGUGCCACAACUGCAACAACGGAGCGACGAGUGAAGCGGAUAAGUGGGGAGAGCCGAGGACUAUUGAGUCGAGUCGGCUGAUUGUCACGUUGUAAACAUCUUUCUUGCUUGAAUUCUAGGCCGUAUUAGCCUAAUUUGGUCUUGAUCAUCUUAGAAAUAGCUCGUACGAUGACGUAACAGAUGUAGUGAUUCUUGUUUCAUCGAAAUUGAGUGUAGUGCUAACGAGAAACAGCAUGGCAGAGUCGAGGCAGGACAAUUUUCAGUCGUGUUGCAGGCUGUGCCUCUCCGACCGGCAAGAAACUUUUAAGUCUGUUUUCGACGCCUCUCUGAAUCACAAAGACUUGCCGCAAAAGAUAAUGCAAUUUGUAUCCAUCGAGAUUUUGGACAGUGAUAGAUUAUCAAUACACAUAUGUGACGAAUGUAUAACACGGCUAGAGGCAUGGAAUACGUAUAAAAACCAGUGUCUCCAAAAUCAAAGCAUUCUGAUAGAAUGGUUAAAAAAAUCUACGAACGUCAAUGAUAUAUCCGAUUCACAUGUCCAUAUAAAAACGGAACCAUCUGAUGAACACGAGCCCGAUAUAAUUAAUCCUGACCUAUUAUUACAACCUAAACUCGAGCCUUUAGAUAUAAGUUCUGUGGACGAAGACUACAACGAUCUGCCUCCGCCAUUAACUCCUCACAACCCAGAGGAACAUGAUUUUUUGGAAAACGGAGAGGAAACCAUUCAAGAUGACGGAAAAACGUGCCUCCAGUGCAAUAAAUCUUUUAGCUCGGUCGCAAAUAGAAAAAGACACGAGCAACACGCUCACAAAAGUGCAUUUAAAAGGUCUCAGAUGUGCGAAAUUCGACCUGCAGUGGACGUUUCGCUAAAUAAUACUUCUUCAGAAAAUACCAAGGCCGAUCCGACAUUAGACGAAUCAUCUCAAGACAGUCAGUCGCAAAAUUCGGAAGAGUCGACAAUCGAACCGUCCUCCCAAGAUAAUCAACAAAAAAUUGAAUUCGCCGCUGGGUUAAAGCUAUUCCAGAAAGAUUCGGCACCGAUCGAGUUCGAAGCCCUUUCCAAAAUCGAAUUGAGUUACUUGGAGAAAUGCAAGGCAAUGGUCGCAAUGUAUAAAACGUUGAAAUGCGCUUGUCACAAAAUUCAGCACGCCAGUUUGAGGGGACUUUUAUCCCAUUUGCGUGCAUUACGGAUUUGGUUCCCCUUAUUUACCUGUUAUCAUUGCAUGAUUUCUUUCACCGAUCGUUCGACGUUCACCAGGCAUCACGUGAGAUGCAGCAAAAAGCAAUUGGAGACCCUAACGAAACUCUCUAAUCUUAAGAAAAGGAGCGAAAUCAAAACGAGAUUGUAUCAGAAUUUCAAAUGCGUUCGGUGUAAAUUCAUGUACAGCUUCCACGAAGACUACUGCCAGCACGUAAAUGAGGACCACGGUUCUGGUGAUCCUCCGUUCUACUGCUCGUGUAGAAACGCAUUCGACAGUGCCGACGACUAUAAGCGACACGUCUAUGACUCGUGUUUGAUCUCUUACUAUUGCGACCUUUGUUUCGAAACGUUUACCUCACUUGACGACUUUCAAAGCCACGCCCAAGAAAUGCACGACAAUUCCGAGGGUUUCGUUCUUCUUCAGGACGAUAACUACACCAAAAGACCCAAGCACACACCCGCUGCUUCUACUAGACACAAUAAUGACCAAUCGCUCGUCGUUACAGGCAAAAGGGAACGUAGACAGUCCUCGAAAAAUCCACCGAGUAUGACUACGGCAGACUUCGAGGAAAAUUGCAAAGAUAUCCCAACUAAACUUCUUAUCAACACGAUUGUUCCUCAAUCGGAUAAGGACCCCAAAGCUCCAGCCAAGUGCCCGAUAUGCCAAAAGGAAUAUUCCAAUACUUACAAUAUGGUGCGCCAUUACAGGACCCAUAUAGAUAAAGACCAAGUAGUGGCCGCCAACCUCUCAGACGACGCAAACUCUUCGUAUUAUUCUUGCCCAGACUGUGGCGGAAUGUUUGCAAACGAAGAGUGGGUACAGCAUAUACAGGAGAACCACGAACCUCAAACGUGCACGGAAUGCGAAAAGACUUUCCAAUUCCAAACGGAACUGGAUCAACAUCGCAGCGUUCAUUUAAAUUUGAAGAUUAGCAGAGAUUCAAAGACCCAUUCUUACAAAACAACUAUGCUGAGUCCCGAAGACGAAGACCAAUUGCCCGGCGGGAUAAUGUUAAUGUGUGAAUUUUGCGACGCAAUGUUCCCUAGUAAAGAAGACCUUAAACAACACAAGAUCAUGCACGAUAUGUCGAUGGACGAGGACGACGCUCCUAUGCUCGAGGUUAACGGCGAAUUUGAAGAUCUGAAAGACAUCAAACUCGACAAAUUCGAAUGUCUCGAGUGCGACAGACAGUACAGUAGUGCCAAAUCUCUUCGGGAGCAUAACAAACACGUGCACGGAUACAUGAAGCAAAGCGAAUAUCCGAAACAGUGCGAUUAUUGCGAAAAAGUCUGUACCACCGGCGCGGCUCUAUUUCUUCACAAGCAAAUGCACGAACGUAUGAUGUUGGGAGAUUUUAAGAAAGCUAAAGCGGCACCCGUUAAAGCGCGUAAGAAAAGUACCACCCUCGAGGAGGAGGAGGAGGAAUCUUAUCACACCUGCAAACGUUGCUUUAAGGUGUUUUCGUCCAAGUAUAAUCUGAAAGCUCACAUGAAAUGUCACGGGAUAAGUCCUCCCAAGAAAGGAUCGAAGAGGCUGACUUGCGAUAUAUGUAAAGUGACGUUUGACAACGACGACGAGCUGAUCGAGCACAAAGAAUUAGAACACGGUAUGAAUUUGGACGAGAUGCCCGACUUGACGAACGAAACGGAGGAGGACACGAAGAUGCCUAUCGUGUACACGUGCGACGUGUGCGUCAUAACUUGCAACUCGAGGGCGGCCCUUAAGAAACACAAAGAGACUCAUGCUAAAGAGGGCGCCAAACCGGUCGUUCCAAAGACUAAGAAUACCUCGAUUUACUGUAAAUAUUGCAAAAUAGCUUUCAACAGCACCAUGGAAUUAACGAGACACAUGCACGUCGAACACGCGGAGUCCGCGAAGCCGAAAGAAGUGCCAGGAGGUGAGAAAAAUAUUAAACCCUUUAAGUGUCCGAUUUGCGGUAAGGGUUUCGCCACUUCGGGAGCAAUGACGGCCCACGCGGGUUGGCACAAACGCAGCAAGGGACUCGCAGAAGGCCCCAAUACACCCCAGCAGACGAUGGCAAACAAAAUAAACAAACAAAUAAGAGUAAUUCAAAAGAUCGCAGAUGCCGCCGCUAGUAAGCCAAAGAAUAACGUCGUAUCUGAAUUCCGCUGUUCUACUUGUUUGGCCGAACUGCCAAACGACACAGCUUUGCAAAUUCAUAUUCUCGAAAAGCACCGCAGCGUAAACGCCAUUAUGCUGAUACCCCGAUGCAACACGUGCAGUCAAGAUUUCGAGACUCAAGAGGAAUAUGACACUCAUAAACGUUUCCACGAUUUCCUAGAGAGACAAAAGAAACACGAUAUGCAAAAAUCGGAACUGCCACAGGCCGGCGUGGGUUCUGCUAAACCAAAGUUCCCGUGUCAAUAUUGCAAAUCUUCGUUUAGCAGAAGUGACACUCUCAACACCCAUAUCAAACAGCAUCAUCAAGAGCACGUGGUCACAGAGUUUAAGUGCAACCAGUGUGACAGGGUAUUUGAUAAACAAAAUUCUUUGAGCAUUCAUCUGAAAGUCCACGAGAAGCAGAAAGCUAUCGGGGGAGGAGGGUCGAAAUCUCAGUUUUCUUGUUCGAUUUGCAACAUGAGGUUCAACUUACCCAAAGAUCUGAGGAUGCACACCAUCAACGCCCAUCCGUUUUGAAGGCACGUGUUAGAGUUAACUAUUUAGCCAAGAAGCUGAAGAUACUUAUAGACUGAUAUGUGUACAUAUUAUUGAAAAAAAAAAAAGUUUAUUAUACAUUAGUUAUUUUUCAUUUAACAACGUGUAGGUGCUAACUGCAGUCAUGAUUAGAAAUAUUUGACAUUCCGUUGCCAGAAUUUAUCAUGCACCUCUUGUUUUCUGAAUAUGUUUAUUCCUUUUUUUUUGUUCAACUGUAUUAAUAAAUUUCAUAAAGAGUUAAA